UUUCCUGUUAAAUUCAUUCCCAGCAAAUUUCUCGAGUACGCUUCAAUUCGUACUGUUCGAAAUUGGCACCCAGAACCCCCCAAGAAAAUGGCGACUUCCGCCGUAGAUGGUGGUGGUAGUAGUAUUGGCGGAGAAGACAUAAAGUUCAGCGUAAUGGUUAGCCUAUUCCAGUGGAUACAGAAGAGCAAAUCAUCAGCGCAGAAGCGGUCCAAGUUCCGGAAGUUUCUAGACGCCUUCUGCAGGAAGCCUCAGGACAAUUUCGCUGCUAUGCGGCUCAUUCUUCCUGGUCUCGACCGAGAGCGUGGCUCUUAUGGACUCAAAGAGCACGUGCUUGCCACGUGCCUCAUUGAUGCCCUUGCCAUGUCCCGUGACUCCGAUGAUGCCCGGCGGCUCCUCAACUGGCGUAAAGGCGGCCCCAAAACUGGCUCCAAUGCCGGAAACUUCUCUCUUGUCGCUGCCGAGGUCCUCCAGCGUAGACAGGGAAUGGCCUCUGCUGGGCUAACAAUUAAGGAACUAAAUGGAUUCCUUGAUCACUUGGCGUCCAGUGAAAACAGAGCAGAGAAGACUUCAAUUCUGUCUGAUCUCAUCAGGAAAACAAAUGCGCAAGAAAUGAAAUGGAUUGUAAUGAUAAUUCUGAAAGAUCUUAAGUUGGGAAUUAGUGAAAAGAGCAUCUUCCAUGAAUUCCAUCCUGAUGCAGAGGACUUAUUCAAUGUCACAUGCGAUUUAAAACUAGUUUGUGAAAAGUUGAGGGACAGAAGUCAACGGCAUAAACGCCAGGACAUUGAAGUUGGAAAAGCGGUCCGCCCUCAGCUGGCUCUUAGGGUCAGUAAUGCAUCUGCUGCAUGGAAAAAGCUUCAUGGGAAGGAAGUAGUUGUUGAGUGCAAAUUUGACGGGGAUCGUAUCCAGAUUCAUAAAAAUAAUUCUGACCUAAACUUCUUCUCAAGAAACUUUUUUGAUCAUCAAGAGUAUGCUCAUGGAAUGUCAGAUGUUAUUACACAGAAUAUUCUUGUUAACAAGUGCAUACUUGAUGGUGAAAUGCUGGUUUGGGAUGCAUCAAUGAACCGCUUUGCAGAGUUUGGUUCCAAUCAAGAAAUAGCAAAGGCUGCAAGAGAGGGUCUUGAUAGUGAUAGGCAGUUGUGCUACAUUGCAUUCGAUAUUCUUUAUGUUGGGGAUACCAGUGUUAUUCACCGAAGCUUGAAGGAACGUCAAGAGAUUCUCCAGAAAGUCGUGAAGCCCAUAAAAGGCCGUUUAGAAAUUUUAGUCCCUAAUGGCGGUCUUAAUGCUCAUCGUCCUUCUGGGGAGCCAUGUUGGUCGAUCAUUGCUCAUAGUGUUGACGAUGUUGAUAAAUUCUUUAAAGAAACUGUUGAGAACAGAGAUGAAGGAAUUGUUUUGAAAGACCUAACUUCAAAAUGGGAACCCAGUGAUCGGAGUGGAAAAUGGCUAAAGUUGAAGCCUGAAUAUGUUCGAGCUGGCUCUGAUUUGGAUGUUCUUAUUAUUGGAGGCUACUAUGGUUCUGGGCGCCAUGGAGGAGAGGUAGCUCAAUUUCUGGUUGGUCUUGCAGAGCGUCCGGCUCCAAAUACAUAUCCAAGAAGGUUCAUUUCUUUUUGCAGAGUGGGCACCGGAGUUUCUGAUGAGGAACGUAAUACCAUAGUAACUCGAUUAAAACCCUAUUUCAGGAAGUAUGAGUACCCGAAGCAGGCACCACCAACGUUUUAUCAAGUAACAAAUAAUGCAAAAGAGCGACCAGACGUGUGGGUUGAAAGUCCAGAGAAAUCCAUCAUUGUUUCGAUUACAAGUGACAUUAGAACAAUAAGAACUGAGGUAUUUGCUGCUCCAUACAGCUUGAGAUUUCCACGUAUUGAUCGAGUGAGAUAUGACAAGCCUUGGCACGAGUGUCUUGAUGUGCAAUCAUUUGUUGACCUGGUACAUUCGAGCAAUGGUACCACGCAGAGGGAGGCAGAUUAUGGAGUUGGGCAGGAUCAUGAACCAAAGGCCAUUAGGCCGUCAAGAAAACGAGGGAAAAAGAAUGUUUCUGCAGUUCCUUCUCAUUUUGUACAGACUGACGUGUCUCACAUCAAGGGUGAAACGUCAAUGUUCUCUAACAUGGUGUUCUAUUUUGCUAAUGUGACUUCAUCACAUACACUCGAUUCCAUGCACAAAAUGGUGGUCGAGCAUGGGGGUUCUUUCUCCAUGAAUUGGAAUAACUCAGUUACUCAUUGUAUAGCAGCUGAAAAUAGAGGUAUCAAGUUUCAAGCUGCAAAACUUCAUGGAGAUGUUAUUCACUGCUCUUGGCUCUUUGAUUGCUGUCUGCAAAAGAGGCUCCUUCCUUUACAGCCAAAGUAUUUUCUUUUCCUUUCUGAUUCAACAAAGAGAAAGUUGGAAGCAGAAGUGGAUGAAUAUUCUGAUUCUUUCUACUCUGACCUCAGCGUCAAAGACAUUAGAAAGCUUUUGAGUGACAUAGAACGCUCCGAAGACUCCAAAACUGUUGAGUACUACAAGAAAAAGUACUGUCCCAAGGAUAAAUGGGCUCGAUUUCAUGGUUGCUGCAUUUACUUUUUCAUUCCAGAGCAGUGUUUGAAAUAUUCAGAUUGCAAGGCUUUAGUGGAACUCGCUAUGAGAAGGAUGAAAGUUGAAAUUUCUGUGGGUGGUGGGGAAGUUGGUGACAAUCUUUAUCAUGCUACCCAUGUGGUGGUCGUGUCUCUACCAGACUUUGAUGUAAAUUUCAGUGAAGUUUUAAAUAGUUUCUCAGAGGCAGAGAAGCAUGUUUUGUACAAUACAAAGCUGCACGUUGUCAGGGCAAGGUGGUUGGAGGAUUCCUUUAAAGAGGACCGGAAGUUGCACGAGGAUAGUUACAGCCUAAAGCCUAGCAAUUUUCAAAUGUCAAUCUCUGAGAAGAGACAUGAUAAGGUAAGAGGAAAAGCCGUAAAGUGCAAAAGAGCAUCUUCCCCUGAUAAUCACGGAGUACAAAUCAAAGCAGAAGGAACUUCAGACCAGUGCCAAGCCAUCACGCUACCUAAGGGGGAUAGAAAGAGAAAUAGAUUAAGACCUACUGGUACUGCUACAGCAAAAGCAAAACCAGCAAUCAACAUGCCCCGGAGAGAUAGACGCAAGGCCACAAAUAGACGUGCUAAGAUUCAUGAAAACGAAUCUGAUGAAAGUGCCACUUCAGGUGAGCACCUUCAUAAUGAUGAGAGUGAAGGAGCUGCUGGGACUUGUGGAAGUCAUGAAAAUGUUGCAGAGCAUGGCUCAGGAAUUGAGAAUAAGGAUGUUGCAGAUGAUUUGGAAUUGUCACCACAUGGUGAAACAUUUCCACAAGGCACUUCUGAAUGCAGUAGGAGCCGUGAAAGAUUGGACGAAGCUCACGAAACUUCAUAUGAAAGUGCAAAUAUUGCCAGUGGUAAGCUGGAAGACCCUGUUGAUCCAGUCCAAGCUAUGUUAUUGCAUAUGAUACCCCACCUGGAUAGUAAGCCAAGCCAAAGUGUGGAGAGUCUUGUAAAAGACGACAAACCAGAGGCAGAUGCUAAUCCUAGUCCUAAAAAGAAGAAGAAAGUUAGCUAUAAGGACGUAGCUGGUGAAUUGCUCAAAGAUUGGUGAAACACUUUAUAUCAUGUAUGUUCCCUUCUUACCCUUAACGUGAUGAUUUAUGGCCACACAAAUAUCUUAGACUUGUUUUUAAUCACAAGUUUCAAACGUUUAACUUUCUUUCUUAAA